CCGCCGAGCACGGACCCGCCGGGGCCGCUCCGGGACCACCGGGACCACCGGCACCGGGACCCGCCGCCAGGAAUCGGCCCCCGGCAUGGCCCGGGCCGGCAGCUGAGCCCGCGGCCCGCAGGCUGGGGAGGUGACACAGAAACCGCUGCGAGGUCCCCGGAGCGAGGGCAGAGGAUUCCUGGGGGCGGAUCCGGGCGGGAUCUUCAUCCCGGCAAGAUGGAGAAAGAGGAGGAGGAGACGCGGGAGAUCCUCCUGCCCAACUGGCAGGGCAGCGGCUCCCACGGCAUCACCAUCGACCAGACCGACGACGGCGUCUUCGUCAAGCGCGUCCAGCAGAACUCCCCGGCCGCCCGCAUGGGCGUCGUCAAGGAAGGGGACCAGAUCGUCAGUGCCACCGUCUACUUCGACAACCUGCAGUCGGGGGAGGUGGCCCAGCUGCUGCAGACCAUGGGCCACCACCACACCGUGGGGCUGCGGCUGCAGCGCCGCGGCGACCGCUCCCCCCUGCCCGGCCAGCCCUGGGGACACGACGUGUUCGCCGCCGGCAGCACCGAGGUCGUGCUGAGCGGCGAUGACGAGGAGUACCGCAGGAUUUACACCACCAAGAUCAAGCCCCGGCUGAAGUCGGAGGAGGGGGCGGACGCCGAGGCCGGGGGGGGGACUCAGAGCAGAACCAUCACGGUCACCAGGAAGGUCACGGCCUACACCGUGGACGUCAGCCGGCACGGCGGGGCCGGCGACGCCGCCAUCCCCAUCCCAGAGCUGACAGGAGGGCCGAGGAUUCAUCCAGAGAGCCAAAUCCCCACAGGAGAAACUGGAAAAGCCGCCCAGAAAGGCUCUGGAGCGUUCCCGGCACCAUCAGGGGCCGAGACCAACGGGCAGCUGGGAGAGCUGGAGGCGGCACUGCACGUCCAGGGGCCCAGGCUGGAUGGCAAGGGACAAUCCCCCUGCCUGCAGGGAGAGCUGGACGUGGGCAAGGUCAAGAUUCCCACCUUAAAAAUCCCCAAAUUCGGGUUCGGGGCCGGCGGGGAAGCUCCGGCCCCCGACAGGGACGUCACCGUGCAGGUGACGGGGCCGGGGCUGUCCCAAUCCUGGGACACAGCCGGGAAGGUCCCCUCCCCUCAGCCGGACCCCGAGGGCGCCAAGGGCAAGGUCCGGAUCCCACACCUGCCCUUCCCCAAAUUCACCGCCCGGGACUCGCGGGGGGACGGCCCCGCCCUGGACGUGGCGGUGCCCGAGGGGGAAGGUCCUGCCCUCAGGAAGGGGGAGACGCCCCAAAUUUCCCUCUCCGACGUGAACUUGAGCCUGAAAGGCCCCCAGGGGAAGGGGGAUCUGGGGGUCACCAUCCCCAAGGUGGGGGCAGGAGGAGGAGGAGGUGACCCCCCAGGACUCGGCCCCAAGGGGCUCCAGGUGGACGUGAAGGCCCCCCAGGUGGAGUUUGGGGGCGUCGGGGGGCGCGUGAAGGGCCCCGGGGUCGAGGUGGCCGUGAAGGGGUCGAAGGGAGAGGUCGGCGUUUCCGUCCCCACCAUCGACGGCAACUUCAGAGGGCCCCAAGUGGAGCUCGAGGGGGCGAAGGUGCCCCAGAUGAGCGUCAAGACCCCCCAGAUCUCCGUGCCCGACGUUGACCUGAGCCUCAAAGGGCCCAAAGUGAAGGCAGACCUGGAUGUUUCCACCCCCAAACUGGAAGGGGAGCUGAAAACCCCCGGCCUCGACAUCAAGGGCCCCAAAGUCGACGUCGCCGCCCCAGACCUGGAGGUCCAAGGAGCUGAGGGCAAACUGAAGUUCCCCAAGCUGAAGAUGCCCAAGUUUGGGGUGAAGGGAGAGGCCCCUGGAGUGGAGGUGGCUCUUCCCAAGGGGGAGGUGGACGUUUCCUGCCCCAAAGUGGACAUUUCUGUCCCCAAAAUGGACGUUUCCGGCCCCAAAAUGGACAUUUCUGUCCCCAAGGUGGAUGUUUCUGGACCCAAAAUGGACAUUUCUGGCCCCAAGGUGGAUGUUUCCGGCCCCAAGGUGGAUGUCAACGUCCCCAGCGUGGACAUCAAGGGCCCCAGGGUGGACAUCGAGGCCCCUGACGUCGACAUUCACGGCCCAGAGGGGAAGUUCAAGAUGCCCAAGUUCAAGAUGCCCAAGUUUGGGCUGCCCGGGGUCAAGGCCGAAGGGCCCGAGGUGGACAUCGACGUCCCCCUGCCCGGGGCGGGCGUGGAGGGGCCGAGCGUGGCCAUCCAAGGGCCAGAAGGCAAAGUGAGAGCCCCCGAGAUGAACAUCAAGGCCCCCAAGGUCUCCAUGCCCGAUGUUGACCUGAACCUCAACGGGGCCAAACCCAGGGGCGACCUCGACGCCUCCAUCCCCUCCCUGGAGGGGCCCCAACUGGAGCUCCAGGGAGCUGAGGGCAAACUGAAGUUCCCCAAGCUGAAGAUGCCCAAGUUUGGGGUGAAGGGAGAGGCCCCCGAGGUCGAGGUGGCCCUUCCCGAGGGCGGGGACGUCCACGGGAGCCUGAGGGGCCCCGGGGUGAAGGUGCCCGAGAUGAGCAUCAAGACCCCCCAGAUCUCCGUGCCCGACAUCGACCUGAGCCUCAAAGGGCCCAAAGUGAAGGCAGACCUGGAUGUUUCCACCCCCAAACUGGAAGGGGAGCUGAAAACUCCCGGACUCGACAUCAAGGGCCCCAAAGUCGACGUGGAAGGCCCAGACCUGGAGGUCCAGGGAGCUGAGGGCAAACUGAAGUUCCCCAAGCUGAAGAUGCCCAAGUUUGGGGUGAAGGGAGAGGCCCCUGGAGUGGAGGUGGCUCUUCCCAAGGGGGAGGUGGACGUUUCCUGCCCCAAAGUGGACAUUUCUGGCCCUAAAAUGGACAUUUCUGUCCCCAAGGUGGAUGUUUCUGUCCCCAAAAUGGACAUUUCUGGCCCCAAAGUGGACAUGUCUGUCCCCAAAAUGGACAUUUCUGUCCCCAAGGUGGAUGUUUCUGUCCCCAAAAUGGACAUUUCUGGCCCCAAAGUGGACAUGUCUGUCCCCAAGGUGGACAUCAAUGUCCCCAGCGUCGACAUCGAAGGGCCUGAGGUGAAAGGCAAAGGUCUCAAGUUUAAAAUGCCCGAACUGAACGUUCAGACCCCCAAACUGUCCAUGCCGGACGUGGAUCUGGGACUGAAGGCCCCAAAGCUCAAGGGGGACGUGGGAAUUUCCCCUCCCAAGGUCUCUGGGGAUCUGAAGGGCCCCAAAAUAGAGGUGGAAGGUCCCAAGGUGGAUGUGAAAGGCCCCAAAAUGGACGUGAAGGGUCCCAGGGUGGACGUGGAAGUUCCCAGGGUGGACGUGGAGGUGCCCGAGGUGGACUUGGAGUGCCCGGAGGGGAAGGUGAAAGGCCCCAAGUUCAAGAUGCCCAAACUGAACCUCAAGUCUCCCAAAAUCUCGAUGCCGGAUGUGGACCUGAACCUGAAGGGCCACAAAGUGAAGGGCGAGGUGGACGUUUCCCUCCCCGGGGUCGAAGGAGACCUCAAGGGCCCCAAAAUCGACGUGGAGGCCCCGGACGUCGACCUGGAGUGUCCGGAGGCCAAACUGAAGAUGCCCAAAAUGAAGCUGCCCCAUUUCCAGGUGUCAGGGCCCAGGCUGGAGGGAGCAGAGGUCGAUGUGGACCUGCCCAAGGCCGAGCUGGAGGUGUCCGGGCCGGAGGUGGACGUGGAGGGACCGGAGGUGGAGGCGGGAGGGGUGGAAGGAAAAUGGAAAGGCCCCAAGUUCCGGAUGCCGAAGUUGAACAUCAAAACCCCCAAAAUCUCGGUGCCGGAUGUGGAUCUGAACCUGAAGGGCCCCAAAGUGAAGGGAGAGGUGGAUGUGGAAGCUCCAAAGGUCGAAGUGGACGUGAAAGGGCCAGAGAUGGACGUGAAGGGGCCAAAGGUGGAUGUCGAGGUGCCCAACCUGGACUUGGAGGGACCCCAGGGGAAGGUGAAGGGCCCCAAGUUCAAGAUGCCCGAGAUGCACAUCAAGGCCCAAAAGAUCUCCCUGCCCGACGUCGACAUCAACCUGAAGGGCCCCAAAGUCAAGGGAGACGUGGAUGUGUCACUCCCAAAGCUGGAGGGUGACCUGAAGGGCCCUGACCUGGACAUCAAGGGCCCCAAGGUGGACAUCGAGGCCCCUGAUGUCGACAUUCACGGCCCAGAGGGGAAGUUCAAGAUGCCCAAGUUCAAGAUGCCCAAAUUUGGGCUGUCUGGGGUCAAGGCCGAAGGGCCCGAGGUGGACAUGACGCUGCCGACAGGAAACCUGGAUGUGUCCGGUCCCAAGGUGGACAUUGAAGGCCCAGAGGUGGACAUUGAAGGUCCUGAAGGAAAAGUGAAGGGCCCCAAGUUCAAGAUGCCUGAGAUGCAUUUUAAGACCCCCAAAAUCUCCAUGCCCGACAUUGACUUGAACUUGAAGGGCCCCAAAGUGAAGGGAGAUGUGGAUGUGUCAGUACCAAAGCUGGAAGGUGACCUGAAGGGCCCAGACAUUGACAUCAAGGGCCCCAAAGUCAACGUUGAGGCCCCUGAUGUCGACAUUCACGGCCCAGAGGGGAAAUUCAAGAUGCCCAAGUUCAAGAUGCCCAAGUUUGGAAUGCCCGGGGUCAAGGCCGAAGGGCCCGAGGUGGACGUGACGCUGCCGACAGGAAACCUGGAUGUGUCUGGUCCCAAGGUGGACAUCGAAGGUCCAGAGGUGGAUGUUGAGCUGCCCGAGGGGAAGGUGAAGGGCCCCAAGUUCAAGAUGCCCGAGAUGCACUUUAAGACCCCCAAAAUCUCGAUGCCUGAUGUCGACUUCAACCUGAAGGGCCCCAAAGUCAAAGGUGAUCUUGAUGUGUCUGUUCCCAAACUGGAAGGUGACCUGAAGGGCCCAGACAUUGACAUUAAGGGGCCCAAAGUCGAUGUUGAUCUUCCUGAUGUUGAGCUGGAAGGGCCUGAAGGGAAACUGAAGGGCCCCAAGUUCAAGAUGCCCGAGAUGCACAUCAAGGCCCCCAAGAUCUCCAUGCCUGACGUCGACUUCAACCUGAAGGGCCCCAAAGUCAAAGGGGACAUCGAUGUGUCAGUGCCUAAACUGGAAGGUGACCUGAAGGGCUCUGACUUGGACAUCAAGGGCCCCAAGGUGGACAUCGAGGCCCCUGACGUCGACAUUCAUGGCCCGGAGGGGAAGUUCAAGAUGCCCAAGUUCAAGAUGCCCAAAUUUGGGGUCCCCGGUUUCAAAGCAGAGGGACCCGAGGUGGACGUGACGCUGCCGACAGGAAACCUGGAUGUGUCCGGUCCCAAGGUGGACAUCCAAGGUCCAGAGGUGGACAUUGAAGGUCCUGAAGGAAAAGUGAAGGGCCCCAAGUUCAAGAUGCCUGAGAUGCACUUUAAGACCCCCAAGAUCUCGAUGCCUGACAUUGAUUUGAACUUGAAGGGCCCCAAAGUGAAGGGAGAUGUGGAUGUUUCUGUUCCCAAACUGGAAGGUGACCUGAAGGGCCCUGACUUGGACAUCAAGGGCCCCAAGGUGGACAUCGAGGCCCCUGACGUCGACAUUCACGGCCCGGAGGGGAAGUUCAAGAUGCCCAAGUUCAAGAUGCCCAAGUUUGGGCUGAAGGGAGAAGGCCCCGAGCUGGACGUGGCGCUGCCCAAGGGGGACGUCGACGUUUCCCUGCCCAAGGUGGACGUGGAGAUGCCGAGCGUGGACAUUGAAGGUCCUGAGGGGAAACUCAAGGGCCCCAAGUUCAAGAUGCCCGAGAUGAACAUCAAGACCCCCAAAAUCUCGAUGCCCGACAUCGACCUGAACCUGAAGGGCCCCAAGAUCAAGGGUGACGUCGAUGUUUCUGUUCCCAAACUGGAGGGUGACCUGAAAGGUCCGGAUGUGAAUAUUAAAGGUCCGAGGGUGGAUGUCGACGUUCCCGAUGUCGACCUUGAAGGCCCCGAGGGGAAAUGGAAAGGGCCCAAGUUGAAAAUGCCGGAGAUGAACAUCAAGGCCCCGAAAUUUUCCAUGCCCGACAUCGACCUCAACUUGAAAGGCCCCAAAGUGAAGGGGGAUGUGGAUGUUUCCAUCCCAAAAAUAGAGGGUGAGGUGAAAGUGCCGGAGGUGGAGUUGAAAGGACCCAAAGUGGACGUGGAUGUUCCUGACGUGGAACUUGAGCUGCCUGAGGGGAAGAUCAAGGGCCCCAAGUUCAAGAUGCCCGAGAUGAACAUCAAAGCCCCCAAAAUCUCCAUGCCAGACUUUGACCUGAACCUGAAGGGCCCCAAAGUGAAGGGGGACGUGGACGUGUCCCUUCCCAAGCUGGAGGGAGACCUGAAAGGUCCUGACGUUGAAAUCAAGGCCCCCAAAGUCGACGUCGACCUUCCUGACGUGGAGCUGGAAGGGCCUGAAGGAAAAUUGAAGGGCCCCAAGUUCAAGAUGCCCGAAAUGCAUUUUAAAGCCCCCAAAAUCUCGAUGCCGGACUUUGACCUGAACCUGAAGGGCCCCAAAGUGAAGGGGGACGUGGAUGUGACAGUCCCGAAAAUUGAAGGUGACUUGAAGGGCCCAGACCUCGACAUCAAGGGCCCCAAACUGGAUGUCAACGUGCCCGACGUCGACCUCGAGUGUCCGGAAGCGAAGCUGAAGGGCCCCAAGUUCAAGAUGCCCGAGAUGCACUUCAAGACCCCCAAAAUCUCCAUGCCCGACAUCGAUUUGAACCUCAAAGGCCCCAAACUCAAGGGGGACGUGGAUGUUUCCGCCCCCAAACUGGAGGGGGACCUGAAGGGCCCAGAACUGGACAUCAAAGGCCCCAAACUGGACAUCGAAGCUCCUGACGUGGACAUUGAGCUGCCAGAGGGGAAGGUGAAGGGCCCCAAGUUCAAGAUGCCCGAGAUGCACUUCAAGGCCCCCAAAAUCUCCAUGCCCGACUUUGAUCUGAACCUGAAGGGCCCCAAAGUGAAGGGGGACGUGGAUGUGUCCCUGCCCAAGCUCGAAGGGGACCUGAAGGGGCCGGAGGUUUCACUGAAAGGCCCCAAAGUGGACGUCGAGGCUCCAGACAUUGAGCUGGAAUGUCCAGAGGGGAAGAUCAAGGGCCCCAAGUUCAAGAUGCCCGAGAUGAACAUCAAGGCCCCCAAAAUCUCCAUGCCGGACUUUGAUCUGAACCUGAAGGGCCCCAAAGUCAAGGGGGAUGUGGAUGUUUCCCUUCCUAAGGUGGAAGGUGACCUGAAGGGCCCAGAUAUCGACAUCAAGGGCCCCAAAGUCGAUGUUGAUCUCCCCAGUGUUGAGCUGGAAGGACCUGAGGGGAAGGUGAAGGGUCCCAAGUUCAAGAUGCCCGAGAUGCAUUUUAAGACCCCCAAAAUCUCGAUGCCCGACAUCGACUUGAACUUGAAAGGUCCCAAAGUGAAAGGAGACGUGGAUGUGUCAGUGCCUAAACUGGAGGGUGACCUGAAGGGCCCUGACCUGGACAUCAAGGGCCCCAAGGUGGACAUCGAGGCCCCUGACGUCGACAUUCACGGCCCGGAGGGGAAGUUCAAGAUGCCCAAGUUCAAGAUGCCCAAGUUUGGGCUGAAGGGAGAAGGCCCCGAGCUGGACGUGGCGCUGCCCAAGGGGGACGUCGACGUUUCCCUGCCCAAGGUGGAUGUGGAGAUGCCGAGCGUGGACGUUGAGGGUCCCGAGGGGAAGGUGAAGGGCCCCAAGUUCAAGAUGCCCGAGAUGCAUUUUAAGACCCCCAAAAUCUCAAUGCCCGACAUCGACUUGAACUUGAAAGGCCCCAAAGUGAAGGGAGAUGUGGAUGUUUCUGUUCCCAAACUGGAGGGUGACCUGAAAGCCCCAGACAUCAACAUCAAGGGGCCCAAAGUCAACGUUGACCUUCCUGACGUCGACUUGGAAGGACCUGAAGGAAAACUGAAGGGCCCCAAGUUCAAGAUGCCCGAGAUGCACAUCAAGGCCCCCAAGUUCUCCAUGCCCGAUGUCGACUUCAACCUGAAGGGCCCCAAGAUCAAGGGAGAUGUGGAUGUGUCAUGCCCAAAGCUGGAGGGUGACCUGAAGGGCCCUGACCUGGAUAUCAAGGGCCCCAAGGUGGACAUCGAGGCCCCUGACGUCGACAUCCACGGCCCAGAAGGCAAAAUCAAGAUGCCCAAGUUCAAGAUGCCCAAGUUUGGCUUUUCUGGCCCCAAAGUUGAAGGCCCCGAGGUGGACGUGACGCUGCCGACAGGAAACCUGGAUGUGUCCGGUCCCAAGGUGGACAUCGAAGGUCCAGAGGUGGAUGUUGAGCUGCCCGAGGGGAAGGUGAAGGGCCCCAAGUUCAAGAUGCCCGAGAUGCACAUCAAGGCCCCCAAGUUCUCCAUGCCUGACGUCGACUUCAACCUGAAGGGCCCCAAAUUGAAAGGGGACGUCGAUGUUUCUGUUCCAAAACUUGAGGGAGAUUUGAAAGCCCCAGACAUUGACAUCAAGGGCCCCAAAGUCGAUGUCGAUCUCCCCAACGUUGAGCUGGAAGGGCCUGAGGGGAAGAUCAAGGGCCCCAAGUUCAAGAUGCCCGAGAUGCACAUCAAGGCCCCCAAAAUCUCCAUGCCCGACAUCGAUUUCAACCUAAAAGGUCCCAAGGUCAAGGGUGAUGUGGAUGUGUCUCUGCCCAAGAUGGAAGGUGACCUGAAGGGCCCAGACAUUGACAUCAAAGGCCCCAAAGUCAAUGUUGACCUUCCUGAUGUUGAGCUGGAAGGACCUGAGGGGAAGGUGAAGGGCCCCAAGUUCAAGAUGCCCGAGAUGCACAUCAAGGCCCCCAAGAUCUCCAUGCCCGACGUCGACUUCAACCUGAAGGGUCCCAAAGUGAAGGGAGAUGUGGAUGUGUCAGUGCCUAAACUAGAAGGUGACCUGGACAUCAAAGGCCCCAAGGUGGACAUCGAGGCCCCUGAUGUCGACAUUCAUGGCCCAGAGGGGAAGUUCAAGAUGCCCAAGUUCAAGAUGCCCAAAUUUGGAAUGCCCGGGGUCAAGGCCGAAGGGCCCGAGGUGGACGUGACGCUGCCGACAGGAAACCUGGAUGUGUCCGGUCCCAAGGUGGACAUCGAAGGUCCAGAGGUGGAUGUUGAGCUGCCCGAGGGGAAGGUGAAGGGCCCCAAGUUCAAGAUGCCCGAGAUGCACAUCAAGGCCCCCAAGUUCUCCAUGCCUGGUUUUGGGGGUUUUUUUUAG